ACAAGUUUUCCCCAUUCAACAAGAAGACCCUCCCAAUUUCAAAGGUGACACUGGUCAACAUCGUUAUGAGUCACGGAGAGAAAAUUUCCAUUUUAUCUCAACACGCAGUGCAGAGGGCGACCAAUGUUGUGUUCCAGCCCAAUCAUGUUUCCCGAGACAAGCGUGGGAAAGUCCUUGGGGCCAAGGGUGGCUUCCGAGGCUGCACUAUCUGGCUAACUGGUCUGUCUGGGGCUGGUAAGACCACCAUCUCUUUUGCUUUGGAGGAGUAUCUGGUUAGCCAGGGUAUUCCUGCCUAUAGUCUUGAUGGUGACAACAUUCGCACCGGGCUCAACAAGAAUCUGGGCUUUACCCCUGAAGAUCGUGAAGAAAACAUUCGCCGUAUAUCUGAGGUUGCCAAGUUGUUUGCUGAUGGUGGAAUCGUGUGUAUCACCGCCUUCAUCAGUCCCUAUGAAAAGGACCGAGCAAAGGCUAAGGAGCUUCAUGAAGCCAAUGGCCUUAAGUUUGUGGAAUGUUUUGUGGAUACACCAAUAGAGAUUUGUGAAGAGAGAGAUGUGAAGGGUCUUUACAAGAAGGCCAGAGCUGGUCAGAUCAAAGGUUUCACUGGUGUUGAUUCCAAGUAUGAACGUCCACCCAAUCCUGAUGUUCGUGUGGAGGCCGGCAAAGAUUCCAUUGAUGAAUGUGUGCAGCGUAUUGUACAGCACUUAUUGGACCUAGAAGUGGUGCCGUCAUCAGCUGUCAACACAGUGCAUGAGCUCUUUGUUCCAGAGAACAAAGUGGAGACUGUCAGGGCCGAGGCAGAGAAUCUGCCAUCGCUGGAGAUCACCAAGCUGGACAAGCAGUGGACCCAGGUUCUAGCUGAAGGUUGGGCAUCACCUCUGAAAGGAUUUAUGAGGGAGAGAGAAUAUCUUCAGUGUCAGCACUUUGGUUGUCUGUUGGAUGGUGGGGUGACUAAUCAGUCCAUCCCAAUCGUGUUGCCAGUACAGACAGGUGACAAAGAAAGGCUGUGUGGCUGUGAUGCCAUGGCUUUACGUUAUGAAAACAAGUGUAUUGCGGUGUUGCGGAAGCCAGAGUUCUUUCCGCAUAAUAAGGAGGAGAGAUGCUGUCGUCAGUUUGGUACAAGCAACAAAGGCCAUCCGUAUGUAAAGAUGAUCUAUGAGAGUGGAGACUGGUUAGUUGGAGGAGAACUGGAUGUGAUUGAGAGGAUGUACUGGAAUGAUGGGUUAGACCAGUAUCGACUCACACCAACUGAAUUACGAGCCAAGUUCCGACAGCUCCAGGCAGAUGCAGUGUUUGCAUUCCAGCUAAGGAAUCCUAUACACAAUGGCCAUGCAUUGCUGAUGGCAGACACCAAACGUCGACUACUGGAAAAGGGCUACAGAAAACCUGUAUUACUUCUCCAUCCUUUAGGUGGAUGGACAAAAGAUGAUGAUGUACCACUACCAACGCGAAUGAAACAGCACCAGGCUAUAAUGGAAGAAAAUGUUUUGGACCCAGAUAGUACUGUCCUUGCCAUUUUCCCAUCACCCAUGAUGUAUGCAGGCCCUACAGAGGUACAAUGGCAUGCAAAAGCAAGAAUGUCUACAGGAGCAAACUUUUAUAUAGUAGGUCGUGACCCAGCUGGAAUGCCUCACCCUGAUGGCAGCCGAGAUCUGUUUGACCACACCCAUGGUUCAAAGGUUCUGACCAUGGCUCCAGGUCUCACUCAGCUGGAGAUAGUACCCUUCAGAGUAGCAGCAUAUAACACCAAGCUCAGAAAGAUGGCUUUCUUUGAUCCUGACAAGAAGGAGGACUUUGAUUUCAUCUCUGGCACUCGUAUGCGUAAGAUUGCCAGAGAAGGAGGGAAUCCUCCAGAUGGCUUCAUGGCACCUAAAGCCUGGAAUGUCCUCAAGGAUUACUACCAAUCACUCUUACAAAAGUAGAGAAACAUGGACUCAAAACUUUGGGCAAAUAUAUUUUAGGUCAUUUAACUGCUUUUUACUACUGCUUUACAUUUUUUGAGGGAAUCUGCACUUGGUCACCAGUUUUUAGUGUUAUACAUUUAUUUUAAAUGUGGGCCAAAUUAUACAUAUUUACCAAUAUAGAUUACUUAUAUUUGACCUGGGACAUGUUGGUCAUCAGAGGCUGUGAUUUGUUUAUAUAGGUUUACAGAUACUGUUAUAGUGGUCAUGUGUAAGGGAACAACAGAUACUGUUAUAGUAGGGGAACAAAGGAUAUUUGUCUGGUACAAUCCUUCUUUCAGUUGCUAGGGAUUUCAUUUUGAUAUCAGUACAUGUGUAAUACAUGUAACUUUUGUGAAUACUGCUGUUGUGACUUUUGUUGUUGACUAACUGGUUACUUCUGAGAUUGCCUGGUUACUCCUGUGACUAACUGGUUACUUCUGAGAUUACCUGGUUACUCCUGUGACUAACUGGUUACUUCUGAGAUUA